CGAAGAAUGACAGGCGCCAGAAUUUGACAUUCAAAGAAAUCGACAUCGUCGCAUUUCAAUAUCACGAAUUUGUCUACGGUCCUUCAGCAUGGAUGUGGAUAGACGGCCGUGGAAUUUGUUUACGUCUGCUUGUCCGUUGACAACACUUGAUUCUGAAACAGGUGGAAUUUUAAGUUUUUGAAAGAUCAGUGUUAAAUACCACCCACAUGUAAAGUUAGGUAGAGAUACCUGCAGACAAUGACCAACAUGGAUUCCUUGGCAUCCCACUUACCCAAAGUGGAUAACAAGGCAUUGGAAUUUGACGUGGACAUCCGAGACGGUCAGUUUAAUCUUGAGGGCCGUUACUUCCUGAAGCUGUCCGUCCAGAACCUCGAAGUGACCGAUUACAGUAUGGUAAUGCUUAGGAAAGGAAAUGAACCAAUGUUUACGGCAGCUUUUGCCGCAGAGACGGACACUGUCAGCCAAGUGGAGGCAUCGAAAGUUUCACGCUUUCAGGAAAAAAAGUUCCAGUUUAGACUUCCGCAAGGUUUCUGUAAAAAUGAUAAAAUGCAUGAUGUGCACCUACUGGUCGAAGCUUUUGUGCAGCCUAAAAAUGGAGGAAAAAGUAGAAAAGUUGGCGAAGGAAAGUUUGCAAUAUAUCCCCGCCCAAAUGCACCGCGGAUAAAAGCUAAUGUAGAUCCGGGGGAUGAUUUCUACCAUUUCACAGACGUUCUGUCUCUAUUACGUACUGUUAGCACGGACAGUGUACAGAUGCAUUGUGGGAGGAUACGAUGUACUUUUGCUCUGCGUGAGUUGCUGCCACCUCGUCCUAAGACCCCCAUUGUUACGCCACCACCACCACGGAAAAAAGUCACUCCCAGACGAGAUCCGCCCGAGCCCACACCUGAACCCACUCCCCGAGAACCCCCACAAAGUACUUCCCCCUGGGGAGACAAUAUAUCCCUACACUUGCCAUCAUCCCCUACACUUCCCCCUGCCAAUGAAGGCAAAAAGCUACCAGAGGGCCAUCUCCUGGAUUCUGACCGGAAGACAUUCUUUAUCGGACAGACGUAUCGUCAUGUGGCCAAAAAAGGCAAGGAGCAAGUUGAUGUAAUUGUACAUGGUUCCAUCAGUCUGCCAUCGACACCAAACGGAAAUCCUCCACUGCCCUACCCCAUCAUUAAGAAUCUGGCUGCAGACAAAAAGAAAAUGGCCAUCGGUUCACCAGGUCACACAACAUUACGCCCAACACACGCACCCUCCUGGGAGGAAAUGCUUACAAUCAGCAUGACGGAUGCAGAAUCCGGGGAAGAUGACAGUCCAAAAAGAGUGUUAGUGAUAGCGGUGGCCGAUGGUCCUACUAAGGAGAGGCUUGUCAGCUAUGAGAUCCCUAUGGCUUACCUAGAACCCUUCCAUCAGUAUCACCUGGAACUUGUCAAGCCUGUCCAGGGGAUAAAGAGUGGAGUCCGUACCUUUAUCACAAUCACACGGAAGCUUGAUCACCUCAUUAAGGACCCCGCCUCACCUCAGUACCUAGGGUUAGAGGUGAUGCUUAGAUCGGUCCAGAAGCCAUUCAAACAUCCAUUAGGUCCCCUUAUUGCUGUGGCCAGGAUGGUACCCGACUAUUAUAACUACAAGAGUGACAACCUACUUUCCCAUCCUCGUACGGCAGCUGUCAGCAUGACGAGUGUGACGUUUCCUUCUCCUCAUCCUUCCUCGUUCAAAGUGCCACCCAGGACAAAACAUGGCUACCCUCAGAUAAGCUUACCUGGUCGACCCGACACCCAGCCAUUAUGGAAUCACCCGUACCUGUUCAGUGAUGAGCGUGACAAGGCUACCUUGUUCACACCCGGGGCUGCCUUGGUCUUAGAAUACUACAUCGCCACUGCUGCAAUGUCCGACCAGUUCUGGAAGAUCCGGAGCCCGAUUGGCUACUCGUCCAUUCUGAUGGACAAGGAUAUAUAUUCGGAGCUCACGUCACCGCGGGCAAAACAUGGCCUCAGGCUGGAGGGCGUGCCAAUCCAGUUUCUAGACGAGAUUUUAGCGGAAUAUGAGUUUAGGUUUAUAAAACAGGUUUUUAAAGAUGUUCUAACUGGUGAAGAAGUUGAGGAUAUCAACGGAGACGUCCCUAAAGUUGGCAUGGUACUGCGUCUAAUCACCACAACAGACCCUGACACCAUGGUGUCCACAAGCGACAUAGAUGCCCUUCCUUCCCUGGAUAUGUUCCCUGAUCAGUCUACGUACUUUCGCACGACCCCAGACAUACUGAAGGUCGAGGGGGAGGAGGGCAGCGUCCACACGGAAGGUACAGCCCUCACUAAGGAGCAGGAGGGAGUUGGGGAGGAUACAGACGAGGAGGAUAAUGACACGGUUACUGGGCGCCUCAUACCCACACCCCCAGGGGGAGGGUACUACAUGAGGAAGCAGAAGAAAAGACCACUCUCUCCAACAGUGUUUUUCCAAGUCCAUACUGAUGGUGCAGGGGAGCCGAUUAAAGAUGGUGAAAUGCCACCCCACGGUGCUGUGGACUCGGUACUACCAGAUUACCAGUAUGUGUUUGUAGACCCCCAGGGGAAACAGCAUGCACCCCGGGGACGACAACCCAGCCCCACGGGGCGUAUCCAGCGCCAACCUCCAAAAGCUGCACCCCAACAACCAAAUGUGCCUGCUGCAUAUGCAAAAUAUGCUGCACCAGCAGUUAGUUUAGGACCCCAUUAUAGAGACAGACUUAGAAUUCUGCCUGAGGACAGCCGGCAGCCAGACCUUGACAAUGCAUCUAUGAACGUUCUUGACCAUCAGUCUAAGGAGCUAGAGAACUACCGUCUGGCGGUCCAGAAGAUGGGUCAGGACAUGGUGGCCCUGCAGGAAAGGAUCCGAGAACUGGAGAACAACAAUAGCCAACUACGUCGUGAUCUCGCAAACUACAACGACGCCAGCAAGCUUAUGAUCGAGUCUGCUGAGCUUGAUGGCCUCUCAAAACCAGAAAUUAUGUCCCGUUAUGCUGCUUUGAAACAGACCCUACAAUCACAAACCAGUGAUCUGAACACAUACAAAGAUAAAGUACAGAAAAUCCAGAAUGAACUGAUAUCGAAAAACGAUGAAGAGAAGAAAUUAUUGAAACAGAGUCAGUCACAGUCGGGACAGAGUGUCAUCAUACAGAGGUUACAGGAAAGGAUCACCAAGUACAAAAAGAUGGAAGAAGCGUGUAAAAAACAGGAGGUAGUGAUAGAGAAGAUGGAGAGACUGUUAGAAAAACAGAAUAAAGACAAGUCAAAGAAAGGUGACAGAUCGUCCGAGGCAAAUGAGGCUUUACUGGAGGAAAACAAGCGACUUCGCUCACAAACAGAGGAACUUAGGGAACAACUAAGGACGGCGGGGCGAGGAGGAGACGAGAAGGAGAAAUUUGCUAUGUACCAGGCACUGGAGCGAGCAGACGCUCGGGUGCUAGCACUGGAGAAACAGCUUGCUGAAAAUUCAAGACAAUGGGGAAAAGAGAGAGCCGAUAUGCAACUACGAUUAAAUGAGGCAGAACACGGAUUCGGUCGGUCACAGGGCAUGGUUCUUCAUGAUUACCCAACUUCAAAUUCCUACGAAAGGACAGGUCGAUCGUACCCUACUAGAUACACACCCAAACAGAGAUUGUCUCCUAUUCCCCUCUUCCGGUGAAACUACGUAUAUUCGAGACAAUAUUAAAAAUCCUGAGAACUGAUCACUAGUUGAUGCGGAGAUUAUACUAUAGAUCAUUUCAGUAGCCCUGCCUCACGACAUUCUGCAUUGUUGAACUAUUUGACAUAAAUAAGAUAGCGGAGAGGCUCCAAACAGAAGUAGAUUGUCCCGUACACAAGUGUUUUUCAAGCCGAGCCACCCAUGGCUGUGAUAAGGAGGGACAGUGCAGUUACUGUCAUAGAGUUACUAGCAGAGUUCUUAAGACUAAGAAAGUUAGCCUAAGAGUAAUUUAUAUUUUGUACAAUACCAGUUUCAACUUUUAGAAGAAUAUAACUUUGCGAUAGCCUAGUGUCAUUAUUUCGCUACCAUACAGGUGUCCCACUGUCCAGGUGGUGUAACGGGGACAUAUAUUUCCCUCUCGCCUAUUUAUAAUUCAGCUGACUCAUAAUCCAAUAUGGCUGGCAAAGAAGUUGGCUACAUCACAGGAGAUCAAAGAGCUACCGAUAAUGGUUGGAAUAUAGCACCUACAGUCAAUAUAUAGUCAAACCUGUAUUAACUCAUUCACCUCUGAAACUUCAUGAUGAACUAUUCCAACCGUUGAAUAGGAAGGGUUCAAAUGUGACUUCAGGGGUGAAUGAGUUAAAAGACUGCUUUCAGAAAAAGUUAUCUCUUAACUCAGGUGGUCUCUUAAUACAGGUUGAGUUUACAAUGAAAUCACUACCAUAGGGAUCAUAAAAGAGGUCUCUUAAAGACAGGUGGUCUCUUAAUAGAGGUGGACACACAAACAAGUUUAACUGUAGCUGAUACCUGUCUACCACAAACGGAGUGGAUGUGUAUACCUAAAACUUGACUGAAGAUGUUAUAUUCUGACCAUUUUGAAAGAAGGAGGCUUGAUUUGAUUUCCUGAGUGUCAAUUAUCUACAAUGGCCAAUGUCCGGAAAGUCAGAACCAUUUCAGUUUUAUAUCAAUCCAAUGUUUUUUAAACAACACCAUUUUUUAAUGAAUUCCUAUUUUAUAUUUAGAAUACCAAAACAGAUAUGUUCAUUUUUUGUGUGUAUUUUUUUAUUCUUUUCAAUAAUUUUGAAAAAUAUCAGUCAAGAUCAAAAUUUGGACUUUGAUAUUGUCAUAUUGCAAAUAAUGUUGGAUGCAUGCUGGAUAUUCAACACUUUUAGACAAUAUAAAAAAAUACAUUUUCAAAUAUCUGUUAUUGCUGUAAGUUACCAAGUCAAAGACAAGCUUAAUGACUGACGUAUACUCCCAGUACACAGUUGCUCUUACCAUAUAUAAAUUAAGAAAUGUCAAAAAUAGCGUUAGCGUCAUUGUAAAGAUAUAUCAAUUAUUGUAAAGACUUUUCCUCAGGAACCAUUGUCUUCUUUCUCAUAAAUUCCUACCAAGGUCAUGGAUACUAUGACUUCCACAGAUCAUUUACACAGCUGCUGAGAAAUUCAAAUAGAUUUCUCCUGUACGUCAUAUUGAAGUGUGCGAGAGAUUUGUAAGUAAAUAUUGUUCUGAUAGAUACAAGACAGAUACUUUGAAAUCAGAUAUUAUUGUGGGGCCCAAAUUUCGUGGUGUUCCAACAAGACACCAUAUCGCCGGUACAUGAGUUUGUUUAAUUACGAGUACCCGCGUGCCCUCCAACUGAGAAUUGCUUUAUAUCAAACUUUUGUAAUUGCUUCGUGGACUUAUGAAUUCAUGGAUGAAAAUUACCAACAAAAUCAACGAAAUUAAAAAAACACCUAAAAAUUAGUGAUUUCACAGUAUCUUGUUUUUAUCUCACCAGACCUAAACUUCAAGUGAACUUUUCUGUUUGGUUUUAAAUUGGGGACCUAAGGACCAAAACGUCCACCAUUCAUGGAUCGAGCAAUUUGUUUGAACUAUGUUUCGUUUCAUUUAUACAAAUAAUUUUUUGAAAAUCAUGAUGUUACAAAAUAUAUAUUGGAUCUUUGCUGGUCUCGACUCUAUAAAAGGUUACAGCAAAAUGUAUAAGCAACAAACCGGAAUUAUCGGUAAUGACAUUCCAUCGUAUUUCACCAAAAAUUGAAAAAUCAGGAUCUUGACUCAGAUUGAGUGUUUGAAACCUUUCAGGUUUCAUACAUUUUAUUCUACAUCUCAUUUACAUUUCAAUUUCUGAAUCAAUACUUUUUUGGUGCUUUAUAGAUAUAUAUAAAUAUUUCAUAAAUGAACAUUUGUUUUAUUUUGCAAUUACAGUGUAUUUGUUGUAAGAAUUUUGUGAUAAUUUUAGAGUUAACUGUGUGUAUAUAUAUAUCAUUUCUUUAACGGGAAAAGAUAAAAACUUUAAAGCAAGGUAUCAUUGUGAUAUGGCAUACAUGUGUGUUCGGUGUCAAAAAUCAUGUUUAAAUGCUUGUGUUUGUGAUACAAAUUGUAUAUCUUUUCUUUUAUUAAUGUAUUUAUUCUGCAAUAUGUCUGAGGGAGGGGGCCAUCACCUAAAUCUCCGACUAAAAAUUGAAGAAUGGGCUAAAAACACAAUGUACAGGACAAUGAAAUAGCGUUUAUUUGCACUACUACUUAACUGCAAUAAAUAUGGGUGGGCUUAUUACCAGACAUGGGCUAAUUGCUAGAUAAAUAUAUACGAUAACUACAAGGGUAUUUCCCUGUCAUUAUAACACUGGAUGACACUUGUUAUCAUUGCCAUACAUUAUUGUCAUUUUUAGCUCACCUGGUCACGUAAGACCCAGUGAGCUUAUGUCAUGGUGCGGCGUCUGUCUUCUGUCCAAUUCUCCAGCCGAUGUCAACUUUUUCUUCUUCUUAAUAACCAAAAGGCCUAGGGUGAUGGUAUUUGGCCAAUAGCAAGCUGGGAUAAAGGUCUACAAACUGUGUUUAAAUGAAUGACCUUGACUCACUUUCAAUGUCUCUGGCGUGAAAUGUCUUAAAAUAUUUAAUCAACCCAA